UUUUCAAUUUAUUUUCUUUUGUUUAUUAUUAAUAUUUUUGUGUUAUUUACAAGUUUUAUUAUUUUUAUUGAUUUGUGAUACUAAAAAAUUUCUACGUCUUUUGUUCCACAAUUAUCAUCAUCAUUUUUUUACUUUUGAAUAUUUUACAUUUGUGUUGAUUCUUUCUUCGACGGCAAAAGAUGAGUACGCGACCUUAUAAUUCUCGAGGAAGAGGUCGAGGUUGCAAUGGCAAUAGUGCUAGAUGGCGUUAUGAUGGAAACACUGGCCAUCGUGGUGGACCUGAACUGCAAAGACCCUCAGAAAAUUUCAACCGUAGAGCCCAAAGCGAGAGCUAUAGCAGAGCUUUUCAUCAGGAAAGACCUAACAUGAUUGAUAAUAAUUUGAUUAGCAGCCAAAAUGUUCAAUGGGCCGACGAUAAAUCUAAGAUGGGAUUGUCAGUAUCUGAAUUUGUGCCAAGGAAAGGAUAUUUAGCUGACAAGUCUGGUCGUAAAAUCAAAUUAAUGACGAAUCAUUUUUCGUUCAGUUUUUCGCCAGAUGUUUCAAUUUAUCAUUAUGACUUUUCAUGGAAUGGUACAGAUGAGAAAGAAUCAAAAGAGUGUAAACUAAACAGUUAUGAACGUUACAAGUUAUUCGACGCAGUUAUGGCACAAUACCCACAGUGUUUCAAGAGCUCUUCAGUCGGUUAUGAUGGUGAGGCAAAUGUGUAUUUACCAUAUAAGCUUCAAACGGAAUUGAGCGAUCUUUCUGUAUCGGCUGUCGAAUUGGAAGAUGGAGUUAAAAAAAAUUUUAGCGUGACUUUUAAAGGUGGUAAAGACAUUUCUUUGGCAUUAGUUAAAGAAUAUUACUCUGGCGCACAGAUGGAUGAAACUAAACGGAAAUCUCUCCAAAAAGCCAUCCAGGCCCUUCACAUUAUUUUGAAGUUCCCUUCAAGAUACAAUAUGAAAGCUUUGGGUCGCCUCGCCAUGUUCCCGAUUGAUGCAAAGAGAUAUUAUCUGUCAAACUGGAUGGAAUUGGCCUUGGGUCAUAGAAAGUCUCUUCGAUUUUCAGAAAUUGGUUUGACAUUGGUAGUGGAUAGAGCAUCUGCAGCAUUUCUCAAGUCUGGUAAUGGUUUAGAUUUUGUAAAAUCUAUAAUUGAUCUCCAAGACGCAUCUGAUUUUGAGCCAAACCCAGCGCAAAUUGAAGCCCUCAGAAGGGCUUUUGCUAAUGUUAAAAUUUCGACUGAUCAUCUCGACUACACAAAAAAAUAUAUUGUGAAAGAUAUUGCUGAAAUAGCAGCUAAUAAAGACACAUUCAAGUUAAAGGAAGGGGGAAGCGAGGUUACUGUGGCCGGUUUUUUCCAACAAAAAUAUGGGAUAAUCUUACAAUACCCUAAUCUACCUUGUUUGAUUGCAAUUAAUGGAUCCAGAAUUCCAAUAGAAAUCUGUAAAAUUGUGCAAAAUCAAUCAUCACAGAGUAUUAAAAGACAACUAGAUGCCCAAGAAAAGGCUAAGAUGAUCAGUCGUACCGCUACUGAACCUGAUGAAAGGUUUACUUGUUUAUUACAAGCACAUGCACAAAUUCGUCGUCUAGUCGAUGAAGAUCUUAAAGAUUUCAAGUUAGAUAUUAACGUCAAACCAAUUGGAGUUGAAGGGAUUGUUCUGAAUGCACCAAGACUCGCAUACUACGAAAAAGAAUUAACGCCAAUGAAUGGUGCAUGGAACCUUCAAGGAAAAAGUUUCUUCAGGAAAAUAACUUUUGACAAAUUUGGAGUUUUAAAUUUCUGUGCUUCCCAGAAAGAAGUUGAGUCUUUUUGCACAGCGUUUACCAAAAAAGCAUCUGAAAUGAAAAUGAUCACAGGACCAGCUCGAAGCCCAUUGCUCGAAAGCAUAGGAGAUUAUAUGAAAAUGACGAAAAAAGACUUGGCCAAUAGAAUCAUGGACGCGCUAACAGAAAUGAAAAAGAAGGGAUGCGCUUUUGCGUUGUGCUUUUUACCAGACAUUAAAGAAGGCAAACACAAUAAAACAAUCUAUAAUUUGACAAAAAGGAUAGCUGACACUGUACUGAAUUUUCCAACCCAAGGUGUAACUCUGCAUAGUGUGCAACGUCAUGACGUCCAGACCAUAGCUAACAUUUUAGCUAAGGUUAAUAAGAAACUUGGAGGUGUCAAUGUAAUUCUCAAAGAGACUAUCAAACCCAAUCUCCUUCAAUUCAAGAAAAAUAAGAUUAUGAUCAUUGGAGCUGAUGUCACCCAUCCAGGUACCGGAGAUGAGCUUCAAUCAUCAGUAGCUGCUUCGGUUUCAACUUAUGAUUCAAAUCAUGCAAUGUUUUAUCCAUCGGUUCGUGUUCAACCUAAAAAAGAUGGAAAGAGAAUUGUUGAAGUCAUCAAAGAUUUCAAGUCUAUGGUCCAAGAGCACCUGGAAAAUUUCUUCAAAGUGAAUGAUUCGUUUCCUGAUACAAUUUUGUAUUUAAGAGAUGGAGUCUCUGAUGGACAAUACAGGCAAAUUUUGAAUGAAGAAGUCAUUCAUUUAAAGAAUCCUUUUGGUGAUAAAUAUAAACCCAAAGUUACUGCUUGUGUUAUCAGCAAACGUAUCCUUACGCGAACUAGACCAAUAGAUCCAGAAGAUGCAGUUAUGAAAAACGUUCCACCAGGAACAACAAUUGACAGAAUUAUUACUCAUCCAUCAGACUUCGACUACUUCCAGUAUGGGCACAAAGGUAUUAAGGGUACAUCACGUCCAUGUCAUUAUUAUAUGCUUCACGAUGAUAACAAUUUGACAAUAGACGAAAUGUCUAAGAUUAGUUAUUAUUUGUGUCAUAUAUUUGAACGAUCCACCUCAUCGACAUCGGCUCCAGCUCCUGUUAUGCACGCCCAUAAUCUCGCCUUCAAAGUGCGACAAUGGAUCUGCAGCGAAGAUCUGAAAUAUAAUCGCAGAGGUUUAAAACCAGAAGAACGAUUUGAGGCAGAAGAACAAAUUGCUAGAGAUUUGAAUUCUGAGUUCUCAAAAAUAAAUGCUGAUUACGCUAGAUCUAGUAUGUUUUAUAUCUAAAUACAAAACAAUGAAAUCUUCACUUAUUUUUUCGAUAAUUUUAUACAAUAAUCCGUUUCAAUUAUUUAAAAAAUGUAAUUUGAAUGUCAUUGUAACUUAUUGACAACUAUGUAAUUCUAGAUAUUUAAUUAUCAUUCCAACAACCAUGAGAAACCCAAGAUUAUAAUAAAUUAUUAGGAAUUU